AUGAUCGUGGAUAAUUUUGAAUAUAGAUUACAAUACCGCACCAAUACUAAAAGUAUCUGGAGAUGCACGCAUGCUCGUGGCAGUUAUUUAUGCAAAGCUAAGUUAAUGUCAUUUGAUUAUGUAUCAGAAACAGCUAGCAUGAAUGUUCUCGUAAAAUGGUGUGAUGGUACUGAAAAUAUUGUUUUGUCAAGUCAGAUUCAGCUCGUUAAUAAAUCUGAGUCGUUUGAAAAAGGAGCCAAAAUAAAAAUGUACUGGAAACCAGAAAAACAGUGGUACUUUGGUGUAGUGAUCGAAAUCGAAAAAGACAGUUUGUCUAGCAGUGAUAGUGAAUCCAAACUUUCCUUAAAAAUUCUACGUAAGAAUUCAGAUAAUAGCAGUGAUGACGAUAUCCCUCUUCAGCUUAUAAAGCAAGAACUUGCUAUAACAGCGGUUUGCCAAAAUUUUACUGAAGUGAUGAAUAAGACAGAUUUGAGUAAUACAUCCAAUAUUAUCGAGGUAGAUCAAAGGAAUAAUGUGCUGAGUUUUCGAGUUGAUCAGUGGGAAGCUAGUACCAGUGCGAACCUCGACGUAAGUGGUCAGGAAAAAUUGAUGUCGUCUCAUUCUAAUAAUUCGUCUGACUUUGAACCGAAUUCGGAUGAAGUUCCAACAUGUGUUCAAACAUGUGAAUUAAAUUUUUGCCAGGAAGAAGUUUGGAGUGCUUGUCCAAAUUGUUCAAAGUUAUUGUGCUGGGAUCAUGUUGUGCUGGAGUCUUGCGACUGUAAAGGCGUAGUACCGAACUUAGGCGCUCCGAAAAAAGUUGUCGAUAUUCCCAUAAACUACACUGUGGAAGGAAAUCCUAGUGGAAAUGAAACAGGUUUAGUUUUGAAGAAAAAGGAAAACACAAAAAAAACUGCUACAGAGAUGCGAAAUUUGGGCAACGUUAGUUACAAAAGUAGAAAAAUAAUGCCGGCAAGGAAAGUUUUGGGAGCAAGAUGUAAUGGUACUACUUGCUUUAAAAUGGGGAAAAAAUGUGCGCUUUUGAGAGAAGAGGAACGGACAAACAUACUAAAUGAUUUUUACGGAAAAAAGAAGUCGACAAAAAUUUCCUUAAAAACUAUAGUAGCGAAUCAAAAAAUUAUGAUGCAACGGCAGUCAAAAUUUCAAAAAUCUUUAGAUACCUUAACUGAAACGAUUUACGAAUACUUCAAUAAACCACACGAUGAAGGAUAUAUUUACAAUGAGCCUGCCCAAGCUUCAACGUCCGAAGUAGCCAAAAGACCUGCAAUAGAGCCCAUAGGUUCUCCAGAAAAGUUAUCCGAAUUUGAGGAAAAAUUGAAACAAGAAAAUUAUAUGUUGGAAGUUGUGGAAUCAAUGUCUUACAUUUGUGGCAAAAGUGGUACUAGCAUAGGUAUAGAUUGCUGCUAUAAACUCAUAGACCAUUUCCUUACGAGGAGUUUUGCUACUCAAUGUUCAUGGACUGGCAAUACUCGACAGGGUCCGGGAAUGGAAAAAGUUCCCCUUAAAUUUUUCGAGAAUUUUCGAAAAUGCUUUAGAUCUAUAAUAACAUUAGCAGACUCGAAAUUCACUGAAGCUCAAAAUGAAGAUUUCUUCAAAAGAAUUCUGAAAAAUAGUGUGCGAAGGCAACAAUCAACCUCAAUGAGGCAGUCAAAACAUAAAAACCGACCAAAAAAUUUAAAAUACAAUUGCAGGGAGUGGAGAUCAGAUUAUGCAGAGCCCCAAUUUGAUGAACUGUUGGAGGAAGGGGAAGAUGAUUCCUAUAUAAAACUUGAGGUGAACGAAGCUGAUGGAAGUAGAAGUGAAAAUGAUAAAAACGCAUAAAUAUGUUAUCUCAUGUACUUAUUUAUAAGUUUCUAUUGCAUAUCCUGGGUGUAGGCAAAUUGAAUAUGAAUAAAAUGUCUUUUUCUUUGUAACGUUUCGGUUUAUUAUAUACUGCUUGUCGCAACUAGCGAUUGGAUAUUUUAGUGAGGUCUUCAGACGCGAUGGCGUUAGAUUUGUAUCUGUUACAAUAGCGAAGCUGGUGCCAAUAAUGCUUAACUUGAUAUAAAAUAUAUGUUACUCGUUUCAAU